UGCUUUUAAUAAGCUUCCCAGUCAGAUCACAUGAGGGAACCGUGCUCUGCUCUCCCUCCUCCUCUUUUCUUUCGCUCGCUGGCUUUUUCAGUCCCUCACAGUCUGCUCUCGCUCUCUCUACAGUCAAAGCAAAGAUCAGGUUCCCUGCCUUGAAUAGGAAAAAAGCUGAAAGAGGCAGAGGGUAAACUGAGAAGAAGAAAAGGAGGAGCGCAAGCACACUGGAAAGGAGCAAGGGAGAAAGGAGUCAAUAAUUUCCAGGGGGGCAAAACAGAUAAGUGGAAAAGUGCUGCAUUUGCAAAGCGAAGGUGCAGAGAAAACUCAGAACUCUUCACUGAGGAUUGAAGAUCGCUGAACAGAGGCGGGAGAUUUUGCAACUCAAAAAUGAAGAGACAGCAAGAACAGAAAUAUACAGCUGUUCUCUUUGCGUUUAUUUUCCUGCUAGCAGCCGUGAGCACUACUGAAGCUGGGAAAAAAGAAAAACCAGAGAAGAAGGUGAAGAAAUCUGACUGUGGAGAAUGGCAAUGGAGCGUGUGCGUUCCAACUAGUGGAGACUGUGGGCUAGGGACCCGUGAGGGCACCCGGACUGGAGUCGAUUGUAAACAAACGAUGAAGACACAAAGGUGUAAGAUCCCCUGUAACUGGAAGAAGCAAUUUGGAGCGGAAUGUAAAUACCAAUUCCAGGCGUGGGGAGAGUGUGACCUAAACACAGCCUUGAAGACUCGAACUGGGAACCUCAAGCGAGCCCUUCAUAAUGCAGACUGCCAGAAGACGGUCACCAUCUCAAAGCCCUGUGGGAAGCUUACCAAAUCCAAACCUCAAGAGCCCAAGAAAAAGAAAAAAGAAGGCAAGAAGCAGGAGAAGACGCUGGAAUAAAGAAGCUGGGCUGGGCUGCGUGGGAAAGGGACUUCCUCAAAUGUAAUCGGUUAACAUGUUUCAUUGACACCUAGGCAUUUUACCCAGAAGAUGUUUAUAGCUUAAUUGUACAAUAGGAAGAAAUAAACAAACACAUACAUCCUCUUUCUUCUUUUUUAUUUUUUACUUUAGUAUUUUAAAUGUAUAAUAAUCAGUGGAGACUAGUGGCUCCAAUGUCAGUGGGGCAGUGAAUCUACUUGGAGUUUUAGUCCAAACUUUCAAGGAGCUGAACAAAAUGUUGAAGCUGAAAGCACCUUGGACAGCUCCUUGAAAGUCUGGACUAAAACUCGGAGCGAAUUCACUGCCCCACCGACAUCAGAGUCACCAGUCUCACUGUAUAUAAUCUUAACCACUUUUGUAGAAGUCUGCAAUAAAAAGGCAGUAAUGUCUUUUAGUACACGAUUUACUGUUGUAUAUUGGAACAUAUAGAUUCUUUUGAAAUCCCUCCUUUCCUCUCUUUGGGUCCCAUCUUUUUAGGCCUGGCUCUGCAUGCUAAAGGGCAGGGUUUGUGACCCCCAUGGAACUCCCACAAGAUGUGUUCUGUUGAGGUUCCAUGAUGUCAGAAUGGUCUGUCCAUAUGUUGUGGAGACUGGCCACCUAAUGUGUAAAACAGACUUUUUACGUUUUAUAAUAGCCAGAGUGGGUCUCUGUCCCCAGAUUGUACCUGCACUGAAUAACUAACCUGGUUGUAAUUUACACCUUUUAAUAAAACAACUUAAGGCUCUA